AAUUUUGAGAAUAUCCCCGAACUGAGUCUUAACACCGGAAGCGUAAAGUCGACUUCCGUAUAUUCGAAUUACGGACAAAAUGGCGAUGCUUGUUUUUGUGCUGUCGACUUUGCUGCUUCCAGCUACCGUUCUGUCGGCUUCCUAUGACCCUCUGUUUAUUGACCAGCCGAGCAUCGCGAUAAAGGCUGAGCAAAAUGGAGCGAUCGGACUGAACUCUGGCUUGAACGGUAACGUGACGCUGGCAGCCGGGUACGGAGGCUCAAUCUAUCUGGAUGGAGAGGACAUUCUCUUCAUUAUUCAGAUGAUCGAGAGUAAACCGCCAGUAUGGCAAUCACACGGACCAGUUUCCAGUAAAACCCCGUAUGGAUACCUGGGCGAAUUUAAGGCGGGCGAAGUUGUGAAUAUGAAUGUUUCAGCUGUGGACCCGGAAGGUUUGAAUGUUACCUACAGCGUGGUGGCUGGAUCCCUACCCCCGGGCAUAUCUCUUCGGGCCUUUACCGGCACUGUAAGCGGGAUCAUCCCCGACGCCGACGCCACAUACGUGUUUACAAUAAGAGCGACCGACGGACACGGGAAAUACGCCGACAACAUCUUCAGAAUCGUUACAAGAGGCUACGACGGCUGCGCAACUGUUCCCUGUUUAAACGAGGGAGCGUGCACUGACCACUAUGACGGCUUUUCGUGCGACUGCGUCCGUCCGUACGGCGGGGUCACGUGUAACUUGAAUUGUGCCAGCAACCCACUUGGUAUAAGUAACUCCCUGAAGUACGUCAAGGACGCGCAGUUGAGCGGAUUCAACAUGUACAGCUCUUACGCCGCUACUGCCGUCAGAAUUGACGGUGGCAGCGCCUGGUACGGCAUGGAUGCAACGUCAUACUUCCAAGUGGACUUCGGCAACGAGACGGAUGUGUUCGCAGUCGGUGUGCAGUACGCAGACGCCAACUACUACACCCAGUACUUCUACGUGCAGUACAGUGUGGACGGGAACCACUUCUACAACUACACUGACUAUACCGGAACUACACAGAGGCUGAGCGGUAACACGGGUGGGGGAACUCACAUGGAAACGUUACCGAGCGUGAUUACGGCACGUUACGUCCGUGUGUAUCCGCUGACGUGGAAUACGUCAUACAAGCCUGCGUUCAGACUGGAGAUGUACGGAUGCUACAGCUAUAAGAAAUAAAGAAGCACCCUCUAAGUGGCAAACAAGAGUGUAAUAAAAAAGUGGUAUUCCCAAGAUAACAAAAAGAGUAUUUUUAUUUUGUACUUUCUAUUCAUACUAGACAUAUUGAACAUUUUACAAAAAAACUUCUUAAACCGUAAAGGGUAGAAGUAAAAAGUUAAAAGUACUUAAAAUGUGUUGAACAUACAGACCAGAUAUAUGAUACAGUGAACUCAUAAUGCAGAAAUAAUAAGCUAAAUAAAAAUUUAGCAUCGAUUACAGUAACAUUUUAUAUACUUAUAAUAAAUAAUAUAUUUAAAGAAAUUUAAGAGUUCAGUCGCAAUAUAUACCUGUUUUGUUUGUAAGAAAUGUUUUUCAUAUUGGUUAUGUUCGUAAGACCCCUAUGCAAAUGGAACAAGUAUUUGACUUUUAGUCCGCAAAGAAAUAUACUAACUCAAUUUUCUCCAAAUGCAUUUUGUGUGCAAAUAAAUUAUUAUUGUUUACCAAA